GCCAGCAGAGGGAGCUAAUCAAUAGAUGAGUCCGUGAACCUCAUAGACCUGUCCCAGGAUCGCUGUUUGAUGAUGUCAUCAGAGGUGGACGGAAGAAAUCUGGCAUACAAUACAGAUUAGUCAUUUCCAUACAUUAUAAACAACCGUUCCUCGGUGUAAGGCGGCUGACACAGGGAGCUGCAAUGGCAGAGCUGGAGAUCGGAGAGUACUGUGAUGUGGAACAUUGUGGCCAGCUAGAUUUUCUUCCUUUUGUCUGUGAUGGCUGCUCAAAAGUAUUUUGCCUCGUACACAGAAGCAGAGACUCCCAUGGCUGUGUUGAGGUUCACGUGAGUACGGAUCAUGGAAAAUCAGAGGGGAGCACACAGUACCCAUGUACCUACACAGGCUGCGGUGACAAGGAGCUAGUGCAAGUUCUGUGCCCGUUCUGUGAAAAACACUUCUGUCUCAAGCAUCGCCAUCAGUCAGAUCACGAGUGUGAGAAGCUUGAAGCACCCAAGCAUCGAAUGUCUGCAACACAACAGUUGGUGAAGGAGAUUGUCGAUUCCAAAAAAUCUGCUCCUCCCAGCAAAGGGAGAAAGGGAGCGAAAAGCAGCGAGACUGCAGCAAAAGUUGCACUGAUGAAAUUGAAGCUCCAUGCGCUGGGAGAUAAAUCUUUACCACAGUUCGACAGAAUCUACUUCCAGGUCUUCCUGCCGAAGGGUGGAAAGGACAAAAGUAAACCCAUAUUCUUCUGCAAGAAGUGGAGUAUCGGUAAGGCAGUGGAUUAUGCAGCUUCAUUAGCAAGCCUGAAGAACGACAAUAACAAGGCAACAGCAAAGAAGCUAAGAGUGUGUCACCCAGAGACCGGACAGGCUCUGCCUUUGGACAGUACAGUGGAAACGUGGAUUUCAAGUCCGGAAAAUGCUUUGUACAACGGUGGAAAUGUUAUCUUGGAGUACCUGGAUAAUCACUGCACUGCUGUUGAAGAUACCAGUUCCUACUUAAACUAGUAUUAACUAACCAUGGAUCAACGCUCAUAAUUUGUACAUAAUUUAUAUAUACAAUAAAUGUUUUAUUUAAAUAUACAC